AACUGAUCAAUUUCCCUGCAGUGAUACCUACACAACGUAGUUGGCUCUCGAAUGGUAAAGUCCUUCGAAGAUAAAAUAUUGAUUUAAUUUCGUAUUUUUUGGAAGUGGAUUUUUGGAUUUUAAAAUCAUCAUGAAGUUUUGUGUUUUCAUAUUAGUUAAUAUGAUGGUAGUAUGGUCCUGUUCUUGUGAGACCAGCCCCACAGUAACUGUAAAGGAAGGAAUUUUGAAAGGAUCUGUAAAUGAUUUACUCGACGGAGGGAAAUAUUUCAGUUUCAAAGGGAUACCCUACGCACAACCACCAAUUGGAAAACUCAGGUUUAAGGCUCCAUUACCACCAAAACCUUGGAGCGGCACUUACCAUGCAACAAAACAUGGCGAAGUAUGCCCUCAGCGAGAUGUUACAGAUACACUCGUACCGGGAAGUGAAGACUGUUUGUUCCUAAAUGUUUAUACCAAAUCCCUGUUAUCUCGUCCGAAGUUACCAGUGAUGGUGUUUAUCCACGGCGGAGCCUUCAUCACUGGUAGUGGAAAUUCAGAUUGGUAUGGUCCAGAAUUCUUGUUGCAACAUGAUGUAAUAGUUGUUACGAUCAACUACAGACUUGAAGUCCUAGGUUUCUUGAGUUUAGAUAGCCCUGAGGUGCCUGGAAAUGCUGGGAUGAAAGAUCAAGUUGCUGCACUGAGAUGGAUCCAGAAUAACAUCGCUCAAUUUGGAGGUGAUCCAGACAACGUUACAAUUUUUGGAGAGAGUGCCGGUUCUGCUUCUGUGACUUAUCAUUUGGUAUCUCCAAUGUCAAAAGGAUUAUUCCACAAAGUUAUAGCACAAAGUGGAAGUUGUAUAGAUGAUUGGGCUAUUGGAAGAGGUUCAAUAGAAAGGGCAUUUAGAACCAGCAAAGUCUUAGGAAAAGAGUCCAAAAAUAUUGAUGAAUUACUAAAAUAUCUACAAAGUGUCCCCGCUGUGGAUCUAGUAGGAAUGACAUAUAAAACCAGGACUGCUGACGAAGAACGGGCAGACUUUGCUAUGUUUUUCAAUCCUGUUGUUGAAAAAAAAUUUGAAGGAGUAGAAUCGUUUUUAAAUGAAGACGCUCUUGAAAUACUUAUGAAAGGAAAAUCAAAUGAAGUACCUCUACUGAUUGGUUAUAACUCAAUAGAAGGUCUCAUGUCAGUAUCGGAAGAUAAGAUAAUUGAUAAAAAUAACGAUACAAAGUUCUUGGUACCUAGAGAAAUACUAAGAAAAAUUUCCGCGGAGAAAGCAAAAGAUAUGGGAGAACGAAUAAAGACAUUUUAUGUUGGUGAUAAAAACUUUUCAAACGAUACUGUCAAAUCGUUUGUCAAUAUAGUAACAGAUACAAAUUUUAUAUACAACAUGAAUAGGUUUGCUGCCUAUUACUCAGCCACAAAGCAGUCAGUGUUUGCUUACAGAUUUAACUAUGAUACUGAUUUGAAUAUUGCAAAGAAGUAUACUAGUAUACCUGCCAUGAAAGGUGCUACUCACGCUGAUGACUUAUUCUAUUUGUUUUACAACGCAGACGUUGAUAAAGCUUAUAAAAAUGAAAAGAAACUUAGAGACAUUGUAUUAAAUUUGACAAAGAUGUGGACGAAUUUCGCUAAGUCCGGAAACCCGACUCCAGAUAACCAUCUCGGAGUGACCUGGAAGCCUUACAAUGCUGGCAAGCAAUUUAUGAUGCUGGAAGAACCUUUUUUGAAGAUGGGACCCAACCCUGAUAACGACCGACUAGUUUUUUGGAACAAUUUGUAUUGUGAAGCUAAAGUACCGUAUAUUAAUUUAUAAGGUUUUUUAUGAAUAAAAUAUGGUCAAAAUCGUAGUAUUAA